CGGAUUACAUCUGUGCUGUUGUGCAACGGGGUGUAUUUAAAGCAGCUGCCCGCUUUGAGCAGCACAGAGAUUGAGUCCAGCAUAUCUAGUGCACUACCGAGACCAGCGCCAGACUCUUCAAAAUGAGCGACAACCCCGUUAAAGAAGAAGUGCAGAAGUUCGACAAGAAAUGUCUAAAGAAGACGAACACGGCGGAGAAGAACAUUCUGCCCAGUAAAGAAGAUAUCGAGCAGGAGAAGAAGACUGCGGAGGGCGGGAAAUGAACGCUCUCCUCCAGAAGCCCUAUCAUCUAUUAAUCUACUGGCUUUUCUAAAUCCCUGGGAACUGCAGAAUCAUGUGUUUAAUUGGAACUGUGGAUAUUUGUGUGACCUCUGGAUCUCCUCACCAGCUAAUGCAAGAUGAUAUUUUUGUUUAAAUAAAUGACAAUAAAACUUCUUAA